AUGGAGCAGAGACUUGACCUAAAACGCUGCAGCUACAGCAGCAGCUUACCACAAACCAUAGCCAACACGGAAGAUAUCCUUACAGAAAUCCUUGUGCGUUUGCCUGAUCGACCUCUGGUUCGAUUCAAAUGCGUCUCCAAGCAUUGGCUCUCUCUUAUCUCUGACCCUAACUUCUGUCAUCGCCACACCCUUAGGAACCCCCACUCCAUCUCCGCCGUCUUUACUAAAUCAUCCACUGGCUUGUAUUUCGUCCCUCUUGAUCUUGAUCAUGAUGUUAGUAGUACUAGUAACCACGGAAACCAAAAGCUAUCUGGUUCUGCAGGGUCUGGUAAUGUCAGCUAUGAUGAAGGGGUAUACUGCAAUGGCGCUGUUCAUUGGGUAGGCAUGGAUAGUGAGAUGUCGUACUAUCACCUAGAUGAAGAGCGUGUUGGAUUUGUUAAUGGUUCUCCUACGCCUUCGGAGAAGAAUUUAUUUUGGAGGUAUUUUUGGGAGUCUCAUGGUGGUGGCCAUUUGCAUCUUAUUGAUAUGUAUCGGCCUAAUCUUACUGCAUUUGAAGUGUUGGAGAUGGGGAGAGACUACUCUGGUUGGUUUGUCAAGUACCGUGUUGAUCUGGAUCCCAUAUUCUCUACUUACCCGCAGCUUCCAUGGUAUUUUAUUGUUGCUCUCUUUAUUGCUCGAGAGGAAACUGAAGGAGAGGAAAGUUCAUCUUUGUUGCUGCAUAUUCCUGGUAAAGUCAUCUCUUAUAAUCUUAGGAGCAAUACUUUCAAAUCUUUUGAGUUACCUCCUGAGGCCGGCGGUAAUGAUCCUUGUAACAGAGUUGGCCAUCAAAAUUUUUGGCUUGUGUUUGAUUGA